AUGGCACCAUCUAUUGCCCAAACAUCCACUACGGAAGUUGUUGUUCCUGUAAAGGCCGCUCCUGGAACAACCGAGACCAAAGCCAGAGUGAGAAGAAUUAUUGACGAGGAAGGGGAAAAUACUACUGCCAGCUAUCCGAACUACCUCCCGGUAUAUGACUAUGGCGAGAAAUACCCGCCACUUGAACCCUUUACCCACGUCGAGCACGGAAAAGAUGCCGACCCCUCCUUCAAGGAUCUCCUCAUUGAGGGCUCCAAGAUUCAAAAAUUGACUCCGACCACCGGCUCUGAGGUUACAGGCGUUCAGCUAAGCAAGCUCACUGCUGCCGGAAAAGAUCAGCUCGCUCUGCUCGUUGCCCAACGUAAGGUUGUCGCCUUCAGAGACCAAGAUUUCGCCGACCUGCCAAUCCAAGAGGCCCUCGAUUUUGGAGGCUACUUUGGCCGCCAUCAUAUCCACCCGACUAGCGGAGCUCCAGAGGGAUAUCCUGAGAUUCAUCUUGUGCACCGGAACAACAAUGCGUGGGAACUGGAUGAAUAUCUCGCGACAAAGAACAGCAGUGUCGCAUGGCAUUCUGAUGUCACAUAUGAGCAGCAGCCACCUGGUACAACGUUCUUAUAUGUGCUUGAUAGCCCUGAAGUGGGUGGGGACACUGCCUUUGUCAACCAAGUCGAGGCCUAUAACCGGCUUUCCCCAGCGCUUAAGGAGCGUCUUCACGGCUUGAAGGCUGUGCAUUCCGGAUUUGAGCAGGCUGAGUUUAGUUUGAAACGUGGUGGUGUUGAUAGACGGGAGCCUGUAAAAAACGAGCAUCCUCUUAUUCGAACCCAUCCGGUGACUGGCGAAAAAGCGCUUUUCGUUAAUGGUGGCUUUACUCGCAGUAUUGUCGGACUAAAAAAGGAAGAGAGCGAUGCCCUUCUAGGGUUCCUACUGGCCCACGUGGGGCGUGGCAUUGACUACCAAGCUCGCAUUCGAUGGGCCCCAAAGACUGUUGUUGUCUGGGAUAACCGUGUCACGGCCCAUUCUGCGAUUGUUGACUGGACGACUGGGGAGCGUCGCCACUUGGCGCGCAUUACCCCCCAAGCUGAACGCCCUUAUGAGACACCUUACAUCCCACAGGAGGGUGAAUCCAAGGCAUAA